AUGAAGACAUUAUUAGAAAUUUUAUAUAGAAGUGCUUCUAUUAAAACAUUAAACAUUUGUAUUGAUAAUCUUGACUCUAAAAACGGAAAAAUGCUCAUAGAAGCUCUUUAUAAAAACAAUAUUUCGAAAUAUUUGAGGAUCAAUGAUAAUCAAUUUCGUAUUAAGAUUGAUGAAGAAAGAACAAAUCACGUUAAAUUUGAUUUUACAGAAAAUUGGCCUUCAGUCACAUAUAGCAAUAAUGAUGAAGCUAGAGGGACAUACCUGAUUUUACUAUACCUUAUCGGAUCAUUGCCGACACCAUCAACAUCAACUGAUAUAGUAAUACCAAAAUGCAAUAAAAUUGAAAUCGUAUGUGAAUCUCACGAUCAAGAUUGUCAUCCUAUCCUCAAGAUCAAGGCACAUACAAUAAUUCGUGGACAUGGGGGUCAAAAAAUAAACUACCAAGUUGUUGAAAAAGAACCGAAAACACGAUAUAGAGUUUACACAAAUAGACAUGCAGAUAGUAAUUGGCAAAUACAUAAUUAUGAGUUCUUAUCAAAUCAUCCACUAGUACAAAGCUUGCGACCUGGUGAUCUUGUGGUACUUUGGAUUAGAUCUCUACAUCCAGUGGAAUUUGACGAAAAAUUAGAUACUGCAUCUGAUUUAACAAUAUUCUGCCUCUUUCUGAAACUUUAA